ACCACAAACCCGGAAGCAGACCACACGUCAUGUGCAUGCGGAAAACUCACAUGUUAGCUGGAAGAUGUGAGUUCGCAUAAAUUUGGAGCACAGGCGUACAGCACAGGCGUACAGUCGUUGUUGUAACAUCUCGAGAAAAAUGUCUGCAGCUAAACAUAAGAUGCGGGAGAAGAAGAUGAGGAAUCAGCCCGUCAGUGUGCAGUAUUCAUCAUCAUCCCAGGGUGCGGCGAGCAGCCCGCAAAACGGAGGAGACACCCCAGUCCCUGGUGGAGGUGCUGCGGCAGCAAGGCAGAGGAACCCUCUCUGUCAAGGUGGAUGGGUUCGCGGACACCACAAAGACGGCGGGGGAUACUCCAAGGAGAUGCCUAAGUACAUCACUGGCAUAGCGUUUGCCAGAGCUAGGGCAGCGGAGGUAAGCGCCAUGCUGAAAGCUGUCAACAAGACCACAGGCAGUUGCCAUGUGUUUGGAGCCUUGCCGAAACACAUGAGGAGGAGAGCCAUGAGCCACAACACCAAGAGGCUGCCGUGUAGACUGAGGGACGUGGCCAACAGGAUGCGGGAGAAGAGCCUCAAGGCUGGCCAGAAGAAGAAGAAGGAACAGGCCAAGAACAAGAGCCGCAAGGCCCGCCGACGGCAUGGAAAUCUGCUGCUGGAGUUCAACCGGCGCCAGAGGAAGAACAUGUGGCUGGAGACACACAUUUGGCACGCCAAACGCUUCCACAUGCUGAAAAAAUGGGGCUACUGCCUCGGGGACAGACCCACAUACAAAUGCUACCGGCCAUGUUACAGGGCCAUGAGCAGCCACUGCCUGCUGCAGGAUCUGUCUUACUACUGCUGCAUAGAGCUGCAGGGGGAGGAAGACAAGCUGCUAGCUUCUCUCUCACAGCUGACCAGCAAGGACGCAGGUUCUACAUUUGCUGCAGCACUGUCUCUGUCAGGGCGGAGGCAAGGCAGUGCGGUGGUCUACAGAGCAGGACAGUACCCCUCCCAGCCCCUGGGCCCUGUCACCUUCCUCUGGAGACCCCGUACACCGGGCUCAGCCCAUAGACAGUUGUGGAUCUGGGCUCACCCCACACUCAAACAGGACCUUCUCCCAGAGUUACAAAGUGUGUGCCAGUGCUGUGAGGCUGUAAUCCCACCAGUUGCACCAGUGAUCACACCUGCAGGGUUUGUUGCUCCAACCCCAGAACCAGAACUAAAUCCUGAAAAGACUCCUGAGGCCAAGCAGACCCCCGGGACCAAGAGGAAGCGGAGCUGUAAGGACGCCGUUGGACCUCCAGCCAAGAAAAUCGUGGGUGAUGGGACCAGAUCUCCCACCACUCCUGUUACCUGGAAGUCCAGCUCAACUGGAAUAGUUAUAAAUGACCUCACGCUGGAGAUUGUGCGCUACCGUCUGAUUGGACCACAGUCCCAUUCUGUGCUGACAGAAACUUUGGAAGCUGCCACAGACUGUCAUGCAAUUAGCAAAUCCCAGCCGUCUUCCCUGUGGUGGCCGGAGCACUGCAAAGACGAGAGCAAGAUGGCCCUCCAUCGACAACAAGCUGAUGUCUUUCACACACUUAAAGGCAUCUAUUCCACUGGAGAAGUCCUCUCGGGCACAGUGCUGGGUCUGACAGUAGAUGAUCCCAGGCUGACUUUACCAAAAACGAAGGGCAAAGCUAUGCCCAGCGUAAAGCAGGCACAAGAAGUGGAUGAGGAGAAGAGGAGGGAACUGAUGUUGCAAGGGGUACCUGAACACUGCUGUCAGAGUUUCCUGUGGGACCAGUCUGUCCGCGACAACGUCACACAUAACAAGAUCUCCGAACAGGAGUUGAACCGUAUGAAGAGUGAGGUGCUGGUGCCAGGCUCCCGGCUGAGCCCCACUCCUCUCCAGGGCCGAGUCCCGCUCCUGCUGGUUCACCAGCCAGGGAAGCAGGUGGGACAGGAGAUGAGCUCCUGGGGGGCUGGAUGGGACCUGCUGCUCCCCAAGGGCUGGGGCAUGGCCUUCUGGGUCCCACUGGUGUACAGAGGUGUUCGUACUGGUGGGCUGAAAAUGAGUCUGAAACACUCUCAAAACAAGGGAGCGCCCCACUUCCCUCACGAUUACCCAGACUGCCCUGCAGGUGUUCGAUUCCAGGAGGAGCAGGAGGCGGAACUUCUGGAAAAGUUCAAAAGGCGUCCACCCGCCAAACGGACCAAUUACAUAAAACAUGGCUGUCUGGCUCCAUUCCGUUGCCCUUGGCAACAGCUGGCCGAGGAGUGGGAGCUUAUCAUGAGGGCACAAGGAGAGGAGCGAAAAGGACAAAGCCAGACCCAAACCACCACAGAGACCAACACACUGACAGCAGAGGAAGUGACAUCCUGUCACCACGUCACCAUAACUCCACAGAGCACCUUCACUGUGCUCAGGAACAGAAAGUCUCUGAGGCUGCUCUCUGGUUGGUGCAGACCCACGUCUUCAAAAGGUCAGAGGUCAUGUCGUGGUGGAGCUGUUCCGCCUCUUGACUGUUCAUCCAUGACAUCGCUCCUCUUGGCCCAUGUGAACAGCCUGGUGUGGGUGCGACUCUCACUGCUGUCAAAAGGCAAACCAGAGCUUCAUGCUUUAGUGUGUGUGCCAACCCCAGAGGACCUGAAGCUGCAGCACAAAGAGCCAGGCUACAGUGGACCGCAGGAGCCCCUCCUUAGAGACCACUUCAAAAGCAGAAUAAAGCGCCGCAAGAAGGUCUCCAAAGAAGCUGCUAAAUCCUCCUCGUCUUCUGAAAAGCCGGUGGGCAAAGCGACAGAACUUUCCUCUGCCUCCAACACCAUCCCAACAUCCUCCCCGAUCGUCAUCCCAUCUUUGGCCCAAUCUUGUGAUCCCAUCUCUUUUGCUUCCAGCACUCCACCCAGUCAAACCUCGACUUUGAGCAUCACUCCAGCCAAAGACCCCAAAUCCUCCUCCUCUUCCUCAGAUCUCAUCUUUGGACUGUGGCCCGAUCCUUUACCCAGUGUCAUCUCUCACUGCUCCCGAGUGACGCUAGGCUGGGUCACACAAGGGGACUUCUCCCUGUCUGCUGGCUGUGGAGAGGCUCUGGGCUUCGUCAGCCUCACUGGUCUCCUAAACACCCUCCUCAACCAGCCGGCAGAGCAGAGAGGCUUGGUACUGCUACGCAACCCCACCUCCCUGCAGUACCGCUUUGCUAAAAUCAACAUAGAGGUCUGAUUUGGAAACCUGAGCCUACACAGCGGGACUCGACUUCCCAAAAGCAUCAAAGUCCAAGAUGAGGACAAUGGGUUAUCUUCAUGCUGAAGCUGUUUUGGGAAACUUGGGAGGCCUAAAGUUGUGCAUGUCAAGAAGUGGUGCUUUAUUUAACAAAGUAAUCCGACAUAAACCUAGUGCCUUGAGAGCUGCUUUCUUGCUUUGUGCCAUCAUCUGCUUUACAGCGUUGGCUAGACAACUUGCCGACAUGCAUGGAACAUUACUGUACACGAGGAGCUAGCCGGCGGCACUGUUGGAAAAUACAAGUUUUAGUUGUGAAUAUCACUCUGGGAAGAAACCUCCUGAGUCUGAGUUGGAUAAGGUUGUAGUUUUCAGAGUAUUUGUUUUCACAUUUAAGAGUUUGAGAGAUUCUCCUUCAAGAGGGUUUGAGAUCACUCUCGUAUAGUAACUUUGAAUUAAAGCCUUGGAUUUUUGUUUUUAUUACAAAAAGCAAAGUUGGGUUUUUAGGGAAUGGAUUUUCUUUUAUUCAGAGUAUGAUUUCUCACCUUUCUCAUCAUUUCUGAAACUCCUCUACAGUGAGGCUAAUGAUGCAAGAGUAUUUAUGUUCAUUCUUGGCUCUAAAAAAGGCAAAUAAAUGGGUCUGAAUUUCAGAAGUAACUCUGUUUCUGUUUGACAAAUUAUGUAUUCCUUCUCAAGGCAUUGUAUUAGGUUUCUUUCUUGAUUAUAGGCCAAAUAUCCGUACCUCAGAAUAUGCCAUUUCAAGCACGUACAAUUUCACACAGUUUCAGUAAAGAAUGAAACCAUUACAGCACACUUAAUUUAACCUCUGGUAUUGAAAUUCACAUAAUGGCCUGGCCUGUACACACAAAUGCCUUGAUCACUUGAUACUUUAACAGUCAUUCUCUUUAUAGUUACACCUGGCAUGAACGCUGGUUUCCCACACAUCCCAUAAUGUGUAGGUGGCAGAUAAGAGUCUUGUUGCUUGGCAACGUUAAACUUUUCUAGCACUUCAGUAUGUUGCCUGUGGUUUAUUUAAGGUAAUGUGGUAAAGAUGGGUGUGUAGGCUCUGCAUCAGUGCUGUUGUUUGGAUGGAAUAUAAAAGACACAGCAUUAUGAUUCCUGAAGAUAAGACUCUGUGAUGCAUGUCAAAAAAAAAA